AGCUCCUUCCUUUGCCACCGCAGCCCUUAUUUACGCCGACCCUUUUUAACUUUCUUCUCUUACGCUCUUACGCAUCGCCCUGAUCAGCGUCUCCUUCAAGGUGUAAACUAUGGCUGGAGAAGCAGGAUUGUUUGCGGUUCAGCAGACCAUAGGCAGUGUCCUAUGUUGCAAAUGUGGAAUUCCCAUGGCGCCAAAUGCUGCCAAUAUGUGUGUGAAGUGUUUGUGUUCUGAAGUUGAUAUCACAGAAGGUCUACAGAAGCAAUUGACCAUCAUGCAUUGUCCGGAUUGUGAGAGUUACUUGCAGCCACCCCGAACUUGGAUUAAAGCACAAUUAGAAUCAAAGGAACUACUGACAUUCUGCAUCAAAAGACUAAAAAAUUUGAAUAAGGUUAAACUGGUACAUGCUGAAUUCGUUUGGACUGAACCCCAUUCCAAGAGGAUCAAGGUCAAGUUGAAGGUUCAGAAAGAGGUCUUGAAUGGAGCAAUUCUCGAACAAUCGUAUGUUGCUGAGUACGUUGUACAGGAUCACAUGUGUGAAUCUUGCUCAAGGGUCCAGGCUAACCCUGACCAGUGGGUGGCUUCUGUUCAACUCAGGCAGCACGUCCCUCACCGGCGAACAUUCUUCUUCUUGGAGCAACUGAUACUAAAGCAUGGUGCUGCCGCCAGUGCCAUAAGGAUCAAGCAGAUGGAUCAAGGUAUUGACUUCUUCUUCUCUAAUAGGAGUCAUGGUGUGAAGUUUGUGGAAUUUGUUGGAAAGGUUGCUCCAAUCAGGAGCCGCCACGAUAAACAACUUGUUUCUCACGAUCCUAAGAGUAACAUUCACAACCAUAAGCACACUUUCUCUGUUGAGAUAUGCCCUAUAUGUCGUGAGGAUUUGAUAUGCUUGCCUCCUAAAGUUGCUGUUAGUUUGGGCAAUCUUGGUCCUCUUGUCAUUUGCACUAAAGUUACAAAUUCCAUUGCUUUACUCGAUCCAUUCACCUUGAGACACUGCUUCUUGGAUGCUGAUCAGUAUUGGAGGACAUCGUUCAGGUCUCUACUUACUAGCCGGCAACUUGUGGAGUAUAUUAUAUUGGAUAUAGAGAAUGUUUCUGCUGAAGUCAAUGUGGGAGGUUCAAAAUAUGUUUUGGCCGAUGCUCAAGUAGCUCGUGUAUCAGAUUUUGGAAGGAAUGACACAAUAUUCUCCAUAAGAACACAUCUAGGUCAUAUUUUAAACCCCGGGGAUUAUGCCCUUGGUUACGAUCUUUAUGCAGCCAAUAGUAAUGAUAUGGAGCUAGACAAAUAUAAGGGCCUUGUUCUCCCCGAAGCAAUUUUAGUCAAGAAAAGCUACGAAGAAAAGCGUCAGAGAAAGCGUGGAAAGCCUCGAGCGUGGAAGCUUAAAUCUCUUGACAUGGAUGUGGACGAUAAAGGUAGAGUAGAUCAAGAUAAGAUGAACUCAGAGUAUGAACAGUUUUUGAGAGAUUUGGAAGAGAAUCCAGAUUUAAGGUUCAACAUAUCAUUGUACCGAAAUAGAGAAUACCAACUGUCCGAAAUGACUGAUGGGGAGGAUGGACCUUCUGUACCUCUUGAGGAGUUGCUUGCAGAUCUUGAUUUAAGUGAACAAGAUGAAGACGAUGGCAUGAAUGAGUAAGUAGAUGAUUUUAUCCCCUUCUUUCUUUUGUCCCUUGCGACAAGGAGUUAAAUGGUGUUACUGCUUGUUAAUUCAUUUAUAUAGCACUCUAUUUAUUAUGGUUGUUCGGAAGAGUAUAAAAGUUUAUUACAUCGUUGUUGGUCCAUGUUUUUCCCCCUUUUUAUCUCUAUUUGAUAUUUGAUAGUUGCAUUUGCGCCGUCUUCAGCUUGAAAGUCGAUUUUCUUUUAAUUCUCUACGGCUUUUAGCUAAUCUAGUGAUUACAUUGCUCCAUGUCCUCAAUUAUGCAAGCAUUGACGAGAAGUUGUUAAUUCUCUACUA